AUGGCCAAGGAACCUAGAGACCGCCCUACCCAUCCGAUCGAUGAAACUCCAUUUGAGGCACUUUAUGAUGGCUCAUGGCAUGGAGUUAAGUGUAUAAGGGUCAGGGAUGGCGGUCUCUUCGUUAAGUUCGUCUACUCUGGAUCCACAGUGGAGCAUAAUGUUAGCGGGGAUCAUCUGCGCAUGCGAUCCAGAAAGGCGACAUGCUUCGAUUGCUUGCAUGUUCUCAAGCCAGGUGUUAGUGUCUCUGUACUAUCACCCAAUGCCCUCCAAAUAUUACCGUGUCAUGAUGAUGCAAGGCUCGUCGCAAUCAAGAGAAAUCAUAAUGCAGAUCAGUGUCUAUGCAUGUUUGGUGUUAUGCUCUACAAGAAUCAAUGUCCUGGCAACACUGAAAAGGGAAAAAUGAUAACUGAUAGUAAAGAGGAGGUUAUGACCCUAAGAAAUAUCUUCCUCUUGCAAAAACUCCAGCCGAAGGAGCUCCUGGAGGAAAGCAUACAAUGGAGUUGUACGGUGGACUGCCUCUCUCACAAUAGAAGCAAGCUCUUAAGUGGUAGGUUCUCUUCAGAAAUUGCACAUCUCAUAGUACUGUCUACUCUGAGGGGAAUGGAGUUCAGCAUCAAGCUGGUAGAGGGUAAGAUCAUUUAUCGUAUCAUCAAAGGAGACAAAGCACGAUACAGUCUCGAUUCCAUGACCGUCCCUCCAGGAUUUGGCAACAGCAUGGAUAUAAUUUCAUUCCAACCGCAUGAUGAGACUUUACGCCCAAUUACCAAAAAUGUCCCUCUCACUCAUCCAAAGAAGGACAAUCUCACAGAAGACACGAGUUUUGUUUUGAAUACUGAAUUGGCUAUUCCAUUAGAAUACAUGAGAUUGGAUGGUCUAAUCGAUGCUUUCUGUGCAAACAAGCACAAUCCAAUCACUGUGAAGACUGAAUUGGAUGUUCUAUCUGAUGUUUUCUCGUAUGAGCAACUGGACAUGAGGCGCUCAAAGCGUCUCAAAACUCAACCGGAGCGCUUUAUCAGUUAUGAUGCACCUAACUUCGAUCGUGACAAGUGGAAGAGGCGUGGUGCAUCAUCCACCAAGCAUGAUAAACUUCAAAGAGCUUCAUAUCAAGAUUUAUCAGUUAAAGUAGAAUCAAGCUUGGAAGAGGUCCCAGUGAACAUCACACCAAACCAAGCAGCUGCAGGUGCUUUCGUGACCAAGGAAGACUCAAGCUCCACAAAAAGGCAGCGUAUGAGCACAAGAACUCCUGUGAAGGAAAAAUCCAUCUCUGAGGAAGCGAAGGCGAAGAGCACAACUCAAGAAAUAGCUUCGUAUCGAUAUUCAUCAGUUGAAGUAGAUUCAAGCUGUGAAGAGGUCCCAGCAAACAUCACACCGCACCAAGCAGGUGCAUGCACUUUUCUGGUCAAGGAAAAACCAAGCUCCACAAAAGAGCAGUAUAAGAGCACAAGGAGAACUCCUGUGAAGAAAAACCCCAACUCUGAUGUAGUUAAGGAGAAGAGUACAAUUCAAGAAACAGCUUUAGAUUCUCCUAUUCCUCGGACACCUGUAAAGAAUAAGGAGAAGAAUCAUCGCCCGCCUAUGUCAUUUCAACGGAACUCAUUUACUUUAUCAUGCAGCCUAAAUGGCAAUUCUGAGCCAGCAUUCUGUCAGAAAAGUGGUAGGAAAAGAAAGGAACGCAUGUCUGAAAGAGAAUACAAGCAAAUGAUAAACCAAUGCAUAGGAAACAUCCAGAGUGAAAUGGAGAGGGACUUUGAGUUCCCUCUUGAUGUCCCUGUGAUGAAUUACCAUCAGGGUGCUUACCAAGAAGAGGAUUUUACGUGGCCACCUUCUGCUGAUAGUCCAGAUGAGAAGGAUGAGCUUGAUGAUCUUGAUGAUCUUUGGAAAGAAAUGGACUACUCAUUGACCACAGUAGCACUUCUUGAGCAAAAUCAGGGCCCAGAUUCAGAAGCAGUUCAUGAGAGCACUGCUGGUUUAGGAAAAAACGGAGAAAUACCAUGUCAUCAUGACUGCAUACUGGAUGAGGAGCAUGGACUGGUGUGCAGAUUAUGCAAUGUUGUAUGUACUGAGGCAAAGGAUAUAUUUCCAGAAAUGGUCAAUGGUAAUGACUAUAAUAAGAAGAGACCUGGAUGCAGUAAUUUUUACCAUGAUGAGCAUGUACUUGAUCCUUCUCUUUUUGCAAUCCUGGGACCAGAGCUUUCGGAAUUGAGGGGCUCUGUGAACUUGUGGAGUUUAAUACCCGAUCUCGAGCCUAAACUGCUUCCUCAUCAAAGGAAGGCGUUCGAGUUUAUUUGGAAAAACUUGGCGGGAUCAUUGCAACUUGAGGAAAUGAAUAAUCCGACAGCCAGUACAGGUGGCUGUGUGGUUGCACAUACUCCUGGAUCCGGGAAAACACUGCUGCUGAUCUCAUUUCUUGUCAGUUACUUGAAGGUUCACCCGAGAAGCCGGCCGUUAGUUCUUACUCCAAAAUCUGCUAUCCACACAUGGAGGAGAGAAUUCGAGAAAUGGGGUAUUUCACUUCCUCUGCAUGUGCUUCACCAUGCUGACAGAAGUGGCAAGCCAAUGGGGGAUAUUGAUCCUAGGCUGCAGGCAAUGUUAAGCAAUUUUCGCCAGUCGUCCUGGAAAAAUAUGCGACUUGUGGAUUGUAUGGACAAGUUAUGCAAGUGGCACGAGAGUCCAAGUAUUCUCCUCAUGACGUACUCGUCGUUCUUAGGGAUGACGAGAGAAGACACAAGAAUGUCGCAGCGAGCAUUCAUGGCACAAGUCCUGAUCAACAACCCUGGGCUGUUGAUCCUCGACGAGGGACACAACCCCAGGAGCAACAAAUCGAAGUUGAGGCGGGUGCUUAUGAAGGUGAAAACUGAGUAUAGAAUCCUCCUGUCUGGUACAAUCUUCCAGAAUAAUUUUGAAGAGUAUUUCAACACCCUAUCUUUGGCCAGACCUCGGUUUGUCAAUGAUGUCAUGACUGCACUUGUCCCAGAAAGGAAGAAGGAAACCAGCAGCAGGAGAGCUAAACAUAUAGAAGCAGUGACAAGGCGCAUUUUUGUGGAAAGAGUUGGGCAAAAGAUGGAGUCUAGCGACAAUUGGGACCGGGUAGAUGGCAUCAAUUUGUUAAACGAGCUUACAUGUGGAUUCAUCGAUUCUUUCGAAGGGUCAAAGCUAAGCAGCCUUCCAGGGAUACAUGCAUAUACCCUUUUCAUGAAACCCACUGACAUCCAAAAGGAGAUACUUUCGAAAAUAACGAUGGCUACGUCAUGUGGUGGCCGUUACCUUCUUGAGGUUGAGCAUCUCAUCACAAUUUGCUCUAUCCAUCCAUGGCUUAUGAAAAACACCAAAUGUGCUAGCAGUUACUUCACUCCAGCAGAAAUAGAUAAAGUUGACAAGUACAAGAGGGACUUGGCAGCUGGUUGCAAGGCCAAGUUUGUCAUCGAUCUGCUGCACAAGUCCUCCUACAGGGGGGAGAGGGUGCUGAUAUUCUGCCACAAUGUGUCCCCGAUAAACUUCUUGGUCAAGUUGAUCGAGCGUGUCUUCGGAUGGCGCCUCGGGGAGGAAGUCCUCGUGCUUCAAGGUAACCAGGAGCUUCCUGUCCGUUCCGACAUCAUGGAUAAAUUCAAUGGUGACAUUGAAGGAAAGAGGAAGGUGCUUAUUGCUUCGACAACAGCCUGUGCCGAGGGUAUCAGCUUGACAGGUGCAUCAAGGUUGGUCAUGCUGGAUUCAGAGUGGAACCACUCCAAGACCAGGCAGGCGAUAGCGCGGGCGUUCAGGCCUGGCCAGCAGAGAACCGUGUAUGUCUACCUUCUCGUGGCAUCUGGUACAUGGGAGGAGGAGAAGUACAGCAGCAACCGGAGAAAAGCUUGGGUAGCGAAAAUGGUCUUCCAUGGACGCUAUUUCGUUGAUCCGUUGCAGAACGCCGUGACUGCUAUUGAUGACAGUGUUCUCAAGGAACUUGCGGAUGAAGACAAGACCAAAACUUUCCAUAAGAUAGUUAAGCAGGACUGACCGACCAAUGCUGUUCUACCUCUGCCUGUUCCUCUAUCCUACAUGGCUAUUUUGUUUUUCUAAUGUGUAGACCUGCCCUGUAGCGUUUCUACACGGCCUCAUGUUUUUUUUUUAAUCUGGAUAGAGCCUCAUGUAUAUAUAGCAUGUAUGGACAUUCUCUAGUAUGAACCUAUCUGUUAUUUUGUAUGCUCU